CACCGCCUCCAAACACGGUCACCUCGCCGCGAACAAACAGCCCAUCUCGCUGUCGCUCAGCUGAACUCGGCUUCAGCUACGCUCCAAGUAACUCGACCACGCUAGCCAUGGCUCUGCAGGCCGCUCUCCUCCCUUCCACUCUCUCCGUCCCCAAGAAGGCCGGCAACCUCGCCGCCGUGGUGAAGGACACGGCUUUCCUCACCGUUCCCCAGAAGAAGCUUCAGGUGCCGUCGCUUUCGGUGAGGGCGCAGGCCGUUGCCACGGCCCCCGUGGCCACCCCGGGGGCCAGCACGUCGACCAAGGACGCCAAGAAGACGCUGCGCCAGGGCGUGGUGGUCAUCACCGGCGCGUCGUCGGGGCUGGGCCUGGCCGCGGCCAAGGCCCUGUCGGAGACGGGGAAGUGGCACGUCGUGAUGGCGUGCCGCGACUUCCUCAAGGCGGCGAAGGCGGCAAAGGGCGCCGGCAUGGCGGAGGGCAGCUACACCAUCAUGCACCUGGACCUGGCCUCCCUCGACAGCGUCCGGCAGUUCGUCGACAACUUCCGCCGCGCCGGCAUGCCGCUCGACUCGCUCGUCUGCAACGCCGCCAUCUACCGGCCCACCGCGCGGACGCCAACGUUCACGGCGGACGGGUACGAGAUGAGCGUGGGCGUCAACCACCUGGGCCACUUCCUCCUCGCGCGCCUGCUCCUCGACGACCUCCAGAAGUCUGACUAUCCGUCGCGGCGCCUCAUCAUCCUCGGCUCCAUCACCGGCAACACCAACACGCUGGCCGGGAACAUCCCGCCCAAGGCCGGGCUGGGCGACCUCCGCGGGCUCGCCGGCGGGCUGCGCGGCCAGAACGGGUCCGCCAUGAUCGACGGCUCCGAGAGCUUCGACGGCGCCAAGGCGUACAAGGACAGCAAGAUCUGCAACAUGCUCACCAUGCAGGAGCUGCACCGGCGGUACCACGAGGAGACGGGCAUCACCUUCGCGUCGCUCUACCCCGGGUGCAUCGCCACCACGGGGCUGUUCCGCGAGCACAUCCCGCUGUUCCGGCUGCUCUUCCCGCCGUUCCAGAAGUUCAUCACCAAGGGGUUCGUGUCGGAGGCGGAGUCCGGCAAGAGGCUGGCGCAGGUGGUGAGCGACCCUAGCCUCACCAAGUCGGGGGUGUACUGGAGCUGGAACAAGGACUCGGCGUCGUUCGAGAACCAGCUUUCGCAGGAGGCCAGCGACCCGGAGAAGGCGAGGAAGCUCUGGGAGAUCAGCGAGAAGCUCGUCGGCCUAGCCUGAGCAGAGCUUGCUGACACUUCUAGCUUGGAGGCGCGUGCCGGCAUGGUGGACGCUCGUGACGUCGUCGCGGUCCCCUGUCGAGCGGAGGAGCUUUUGCUUCGUUGUUUGAUUUGUACCAUUAGUAACCAUUUUGUGUUAGGAGCUGGUGAUGACAGUCACACAAGCCUGUAAUUGAUCGAUCAUGCACUAUGUACAACUUUUUUUUCACAAACCAUGGAAUAAAACAACAGGCUUAAUAUGA